CCGCGGCGUCUUUCACAUGCCAGACAACAUGCUCACGAGCCCUUUGACCUCCGUACGAACGAACGCCCCAGCUUCACCAUUAUUACACCAUGGCCGACAAGUCUGACCGACUCUUUUGCUUCUUCUCACUCCUCCCCCUUGUUUUCCCACUUCACCCGCUCCUUCUCCAUCCUCCUUGACCUUCAUUCGCAGCUUACUCCUUCACAUGCGAGCGUCGUGAGACUCUCAUCAUGAUUGAUCACGUCCUAGGACGACCCUCGGUCAAGUUCCGCAAGAUCCAGGUCCUUGCUGUCGUCUGCUUCUGGUCGGCAUACCUGUACAGAGGUAACCGACACGGCCCGCCCAUCUUACGACGCAUCUCAGCACUACUCUCGAAACGCCUGACUGCCUGGCAAACCCUCGUCAUCACCCUGCUAUGGCUCUACCUCUCGCGCAACUUCGGCAAGCUCGUUGGGCUCGAGUGCCCUGAGCCGCUGGCAAAUCUAUACACGCGAUCAUAUUUCCGCGCAACAUGGGUCACAACGGCGCUGGAUGCAGGCUUCUGGUCGGCCAUGCCAAUCAAGAGGAAAUGGGCCCGGGAUUUGUGCUCCAUCAUUUUUACCGUAUACUACCUCAUAUGCGCUGAGCAAGCCGAUGAGAAGGUGCGCAAGGUCAGAUCGACGGUGACGGUGGACCACCUGAGGGUCAGCUGGGAUAAGGGAACCUCGCCGUACAUCGCGUUGGUGACGAAUCUUAUGCGUCCUCGGCUUACCCGCUACCCUCCGCGGGCCAUACGCAUACCGAGACCACCGGAGUCCUCAUACAAGGAGCCAGUGGAGGCGUGGCUGUACUUUGACGGGCCGCUGUCUGCUCUGAAAAAGUACAAUAAUCUGGUCCUCGACAUUCCAGGAGGCGGCUUUGUCGCCAUGAACCCGCGGAACCAUGAUGAUAAACUGCUGGGCUGGGCUGGAAAGACAGGAUUGCCGGUGCUGAGCCUUGAUUACAAGAAAGCGCCCGAGUAUCCCUACCCGUACGCACUCAAUGAGUGUUAUGACGUCUAUCACAUGAUCAUGGCCAGUCGAGGCCGUUGUGUUGGUCUUUCGGGCGAGGAAGUCCCCAAGGUGGUAGUAUCCGGAGACAGUGCUGGCGGCAACCUUGCAGUCGGCAUGGUUCUUAUGGUACUUCAGAGCGGCAGUACCGAUUCGCGUCGCUGGCACGGCGAGCAACACUUGCCUCCUCCCGAAGGCAUGGUCUUGAUAUAUCCAGCGCUCGAUAUGAACAUUGGCAAUUGGAUGACGGACGAGCAGAUGGCGCUCAUUCGGGACCGGAAAACGCGCAAGACUAACGAAGGGAUAUUGCGGCGAAAGAGCGAUGAUUAUAGGCAUCUUGCCCCUAACACGCCGAUACAGUCCGACGACGAAGGGGACGAAGAAGCAGUCACGGACGAGGACACGCCUCGUCCUCGCCUUGACACUGCUUCCGCCAGCACCAUCACUGAUGAACAUUUCGUCAAAUCUCCCUCCACUGCCAUCCACCUCUCCGCUGCCCACACGGGCGUCAACCACGAUUCUCUCCAAUCCGCAAACCCAGAGAGUGGCCUUCCCACGACCACCAAGCCCACAACCCUCAAGACACGACUCGCCAUGUCUUCCAUGAUAUCCUACUUCAACGACCGCAUCCUCACACCCGAACUCAUGCGCGCCAUGAUCAUCCUCUACAUCGGCCCGCACAACCGCCCAGACUUCAGCACCGACUUCCUCCUCUCGCCCCUACUAGCUCCGGAGUCCCUGCUCGCGCAGUUCCCAAAAACGCACUUCCUGACAGGCGAACGCGAUCCGCUCGUCGACGACACGGUCAUCUUCGCCGGGCGCAUACGACAAGCCAAGAUGGCAGCCUGGCGCGAGCGCCGCGAGCUGGGCCUGCUAGCCAAAGCUGACGCGCGCGCCUUCCGCGCCGCCGACCACGUCGACGUUGUCCUCGUGCCGGGCAUCUCGCACGGCUUCCUGCAGUUCGUCAGUGUCUUCCCCGAGGGCUGGGACUACAUCGCCAAGUGCGCGCGCUGGAUGCGCGAUAUUUUCGAGCAGGCCGACGCAGACGCUGCUGCCUUCUCGUCAUCCCCCUUCCCUAUCAUCACCACCACUACAGCAGCAUCAACAGACGGCGGCAGCGGCCCCACCAGCGCCGACGCCAAUGGCUACGCCGCCGCGUUCGCGGCGAAGCGCUCCUCGCGCCACCAUCGCCGCACGCGCACGCUCGAGAGCUCCGGCGACGAGGACCGUCCGCUGGAGAUGACGCUGGCGGGGUCGCGGCGCGGCGCAGCGCGGGCGCGGGGUCCGGAGCUCGAGGGUGUGCGCGGACGGAGCAAGGGCUUGUACGCGCAUGCGAAUGGUGGUGGUGGAUAUGGCGGUGGAGGGCGCAGGGGCGACAGGGACGCGCGCGGCCGGCGACGUAGCCUGGUUAGUUUGGCUAGUGAGGACGAUUUGGUGGGGCGGCGGAUGAGGGGGCUGACGGGGGCGUUGAUGCGCGAUCCUGAUGUUGAGUAUGGGCCUGGUACGCCGUGAUUUUUGAGGGGGGAGGGGGUUGGAGUUGGAGCUGUUAUUUUUCGUUUUUGGGGAGUAGGGGUGGGGGCGGAGUCGGAGUAGGAUAGGAUGGGUCUGAGGGAGGGGAUGGGUAGAUGGGGUUAUGACUCACGCGUUCUUGUGAGGUAUAUGAUGACUACAUAUGC